AUGUCCAACAAGCGCAAUAGUUACCCUGUUGCCACCUCUAACGGCCUGAUAGCACCUGUGAAUACGCCGUGUAGUUUGCCUCCACAUCUGGUAGGCCUGACGAAGAUCCCUGUCAGCUCAUCGUCAUCGCCCGCACACUCGUCUGGACUGCAGCCUUCCUUGGGCUACGCACCCGUCCGCCCUGAGUCUACAGGGUCUUUCUUAGCCCCAGAAGGCUAUCUAUCAGAUCAAAGGGCCUCCCCUGCUAGCGACGCCAUGGGAUCCCUCUACACCUGGUCUAGUGCCUCUGAUGUAGAGAUGCUUCCACCUUCAGCUUCGGUAGACUCUGCCAUCUGCUCUACCUCUUCUUCGCCCUUCAUGCCACCCUACUUCGCUUUUGACUCCAACCAGGCCUCGAUGGGUCAGCUGCUUCCAGAAACUGGCUACACCCAUCAAGAAAUCGGCCAGUGGUGCAUGAACAGCCUUUCCACUGGCACCUUUCAGUCUACUACAUCCUACCCAGCCGUCGGCCCACAAUAUCAGGCCGAGACAGCGGAAAUGCAUCAAGCAGACUACGCAUCACUCCACGAGAAUAUGAACACAUCUGCACCAUGGUUUAACAUCCCAUCCGACGGCUACCUCUCCCCACCCACAGUCCCCGCAGUCUCAAUGUCUACCCUCGACACAACCUCAGUAAUGAGCACCUCCCCAACCCCAACUACAGCGUCCGACCUCGACAUCCCAAUGCCAACCCUCCCACCUAAUUCCCCAUCGAGAAGUCGAGCCGAUCUAACCCACUACGGGAUUCCAACUGGUGAUGGUGAAUGGCGCUGCGCCCACCCAGGCUGCACAUCCCAGUCCUCAUUCAAACGAGGCUGUGAUCUGCGUAAGCAUUUUAACCGUCAUCAGAAACAUCUAUUCUGUCGAUAUGAGGGAUGUCCACAGUCCAGACAUGGUGGGUUCUCUAGUAAGAAAGACCGUACUCGCCAUGAGGCGAGACACAAUCCUGGUGUUGUCUGCGAGUGGGAGGGAUGUGGACGUGUGUUUAGUCGGGUGGACAACAUGCGAGAUCAUUUGCGGAGAAUUCAUCGUCGUGGGGCUAGCAGUUGA